AUGCGUUUCACAGAUCUUCUUCUCGCAAGCGCCGGCGCUACACUUGCUCUGGCUGCUCCUUCUACCGAAAAGCGUGCUGCUGGCAAGUUCCUCUUCACCGGUGCUAAUGAAGCCGGUGGUGAAUUUGGCGAGAAGAACCUUCCUGGCAAGCUUGACAAGGACUACACAUGGCCUAGCACCAAGUCCAUCGAUACCCUUGCUAGCACUGGUAUGAACACCUUCCGUGUUGGUUUCUUGAUGGAGCGCAUGACUCCUGGUGGCAUCACUGGUGCUAUCGACGAGACCUACUUCAAGGGUCUUGAGAAUGUUGUCAAGCACAUCACCAGCAAGGGCAACUACGCUGUGAUUGACCCUCACAACUACGGCCGCUUCAACGGUAACAUUAUCACCAGCACUGCUGACUUCAGUGCCUGGUGGUCCAAGGUUGCUAAGCGUUUCGCCAACAACAAGUAUGUCAUCUUCGACACCAACAACGAGUACCAUGACAUGGAGAACUCUCUUGUUGCCGACCUCAACCAGGCCGCCAUCAACGCCAUCCGCAAGGCCGGCGCUACCUCCCAGUACAUCUUUGUCGAGGGUAACUCAUGGACUGGUGCCCACAGCUGGGUCUCCAGCGGCACUGGCGAGGCCAUGAAGAACCUCAAGGAUCCUCAAGACAAGAUCGUCUACCAGAUGCACCAGUACCUCGACUCUGACAGCUCUGGUACCCACGAGGCUUGUGUCAGCGCCACCAUUGGUGCUGAGCGUCUCAAGACGGCUACCAAGUGGCUUAAGGAUAACAAGAAGAAGGGUAUCAUCGGUGAGACUGCCGCCGGUGCCAACUCUCAGUGCAUUGAGGCCCUCAAAGGCGAGCUCCAGCACCUCCAUGACAACUCUGAUGUUUGGACUGGUUGGAUGUACUGGGCUGCUGGACCCUGGUGGGGUGACUACAUGUACAGCAUGGAGCCUGCGGAUGGUAUCUCUUACAAGAAGGUUCUUCCUGAGAUCAAGAAGUUCAUCGGUGCUUAA